CUCCCCGCGGGCCGGGGCGGGGCGGGCCCGUCCCGGCGCUAAGAUGGCGGCCAAGGGCUCGCACUCGCACGUGAAGCUGGAGGCGGAGAUCGAGCGGUGCCGGGCGGAGGGGCAGUGGGGGAGGCUCCGCGACCUCGCACAGCAGCUGCUGCCGUCGCGGCCCCCGCGCAAGGCGAAGGCGGCGAGGGGCGUGCAGGACGCGGAGGACUAUGGGAGUAUGCUGCUUGCAGAAGCUCUGCUGGAAGAAUGUUUGAAGGAAAACUUUGCCAAACUGAAAGACUGCGUUCCACUGUCAGAGAAGAGUGAACCCAAACUAAGUGAAGCUAAACAGUAUCUGACCAGUAUCUUAAGCAGAGGGAAACUAAGACCGAAGUAUAUGAAAGAAGCUAUGCUGAUCCUAGGAAAGCUUCAUUAUGUGGAGGGAUGCUACAGAGAUGCCAUCAGCAUGUAUGCAAAAGCAGGAAUUGAUGACCUCUCAACCAAAGAUGAACCGCUGUACGUGCUGCGUUUGAUAACUGAAGCCUUUGUUAUUAAAGGUCUGUCUCUGGAGCGCUCAACCAACUCAAUUGCCUCACGUGCUCGACUGUGUGAAAGGGARGAGGAAGUCAUGGCUUGUUUUGAGAGAGCAUGUGUUGUUGCCCAGGUGUACUUGCAAGAGCUUGAGAAGACCUUAAACAAUACACAUUCAAGGAGUAUUAAGGGCAGCCACAUGACUUACUCUGAGUUUGAACUUUCCUACUUUCUGGAAGCAGCUCUGCAGAGUGCCUAUGUGACUCAGUUAAAGAAAGGAAAUAUUGUGAAAGGAAUGAGGAGUCUGCGAGAAGUACUACGGACUGUGGAAACAAAAGCUACUCAGACCUUCAAAAUGACUGCAGCCAAACAGUUAGCCCAGGUCCUUCUCCAUUCCCUCAGUGAAGACUGUUACUGGAGCCCUUUAUCUGAUCCGCUUCCUGAGUUCAUGGACAAGGAAUAUCAGUCUUAYGUUAGCAAUCUUCUUUGUCGGAGGCCUGAGCUGUACUCAGAAGAGAAUGUGUACUGCCCUCAAGACAACGUAGAAGAGGCUCUUCUCCUCCUCUUAAUCAGUGAAUCCAUGGCGAACCGGGACGCAGUGAUCAGCCGAGCCCCAGACCAGCAGGAUGACCGAGCCGUCAGCCUUCAGGAUGCCUCUGCAGUUUAUGACCUCCUGAGCAUCACACUGGGCAGAAGAGGGCAGUAUGUGAUGCUGUCUGAGUGCUUGGAGAGAGCCAUGAAGUUUGCAUUUGAUGAAUUUCACCUCUGGUACCAGCUUGCCCUGUCCAUGGUAGCUUGUGGAAAGUCGGCAUAUGCUGUGUCAGUGCUCAAAGAAUGCGCUAAACUGCGACCUACAGAUCCCACCGUUCCUCUUCUGGCUGCCAAGGUCUGCAUUGGGUCAUUGCACUGGCUGGAAGAAGGAGAACACUUUGCUAAAAUGGUGAUAGACCUCGGUGAUAAUGCUGGAGAGUCCUUAGCCAAGGGUUACUUGGCAUUGGGCCUGACAUACAGCCUUCAAGCUACUGAUGCUACUCUGAAAGACACUCAGGAUGAAUUAAACAAGAAAGCACUUCAGACUUUGGAGAGAGCACGUGACUUGGCCCCUGAAGAUCACCAAAUCAUCCACUACUUGUCACUGCAGCUGGCUCUUGUCAGACAGAUUUCAGAUGCUAUAGACCAUCUUCAAGAAGCCCUGCAACUGUGCAAAGAUGACAUGAAUUCACUUCAUCUACUGGCCCUCCUCUUUUCAGCUCAGAAGCACUAUCAGCAUGCACUGGAUGUUAUCAACAUGGCUGUUGUCGAAUACCCAGAAAGCUUUAGCUUACUUUUCACCAAAGUAAAACUGGAAUGGAUACAUAAAGGACCUGAAGCAGCUCUGGUGACGUGCAGACAUAUGUUGCAGAUGUGGCAGAUGGUAUACAAUGUUUUACAGCACAGUGGCUCUGAGAAAGGAAGUAGUGUGACAGAAACACCAGUAAUCAAAAAGCAUAAUGGACUKCAUCUCGCUCUCCCAGAUGCUCAUGAUACCGAUUCUGGAUCUCAACGAGCCUCUUCCCUUGCUGCAUCAAGACUGGAACAGGCCAUGUCUGAAAUAACCAUGCAGAGCAGCACAAUGAAGCAGGGACCUGUGAAGCUAUGGACAACUCUUGAACAAAUUUGGCUACAAGCUGCUGAACUCUUCCUGGAACAGCAGCAUCUCAAAGAAGCAAGCUUUUGUACCCAGGAGGCAGCUAGUCUUUUCCCCACAUCUCAUGCUGUACUGUACAUGCGUGGGAGGCUUGCAGAGAUGAAAGGCAAUUUGGAGGAGGCUAAGCAAUUGUAUGAUGAAGCGCUCACAGUGAAUCCAGCUGGAGUGGAAAUUAUGCACAGCCUGGGCCUGGUGCUGAACAGACUUGGGCGGAGGGAGCUGGCCCAGAAAGUCCUCCGAGAUGCCGUCCGGAUCCAAACCACCAGUCAUGUUGCAUGGAACAGCCUUGGAGAGGUCUUGCAAGCACARGGGAAAAACGAAGCAGCCAUCGAAUGCUUCCUCACUGCCCUGGACCUUGAAGCCAGCAGUCCUGUCAUUCCGUUCACCGUCAUACCCAGGGAGCUCUGAAGCUUUUCCCUGCAGCUAAGCACUUUAAUUCCAUGGACAGACCCUAAAACCAAGCAAAUAAACAAAGAAAAAGCCCAACAGAAAAGUGCCAUUGUAACCUGGAUCCAGGCUAAGUAAUUCCAGGAUGGGGCUCAGGUCUACAGGCUUAGUUUAGACGAGCUGAACUGYUGAAGAAUUUGCAAUAGGCAGAAUCAGAGAAUUGCCUUUUUCUUCACAGGUGCCUGGAUAACCUAUUCAAAUUAAUAGCAAGGCUUAUUUCAACAUGUUGGUUCAAGGUGACUAGAAGGAUCAUGCUAGGAUACCGCUGUUCAAAGCACUUGCACCUUUCAGUGUUCAUUAAGGAUAAAGCCCCCAAGCCCUGAAUUAAAGCCCAGAAAUGCUUUAAAUAGGAGUAGAUUCACCAACCAACUUGACCAAGUUGUGCUUAAGCAUGUGGCUGCCUCCCCUCGGAUCUGACAGAACGAGAAUGACAAUUGCACCAAAUAGACAUGCAAUAUAUGCUGUUUACAAAAUUAUUUCAGCUAUUUUGAUAAUCCUUUUUCCUGCCUUGCUUUUAUAUACUGUAUAUGCUCACUAUAUUUAGUGUAGCACUUGCCUAGACCAAUUUAAAUUAAAAAUACCUUUUUUUAAAUACAGCUGCUCUUGCAGUAUAAUUCACAAAAGCAGAAAGACCAAAGACCAAAUCAGUUCACACUUGAACUAGUAUUAAAAACACAUAAAUAUCUGCACUUACAUAUUUAUUGAAAGGCCUUACAUGAAGUAGCUAAUUAUAAACUCUGCGCUUCAUUCUUAUUAAUCACUUAGUGCAUCACUUUUAGUGAGGAAUAGAAUGUUUACCAGUAUAUAGUGACUGAACUCUGUGCUCUACAGCAUUAUCUUUCCUGGCACAAAACAUUUUUAUAUCCAUCUUUUCAUGAUAAAAAGCUGGCAGCGGUCUUUUAAGGCAAAGUAUGCUGAAGCCAGUAUAUGUAUAUAUGAAUGGCUUCUUYCUUAAAACUAAAUCUUUGGAUUGUCCAUAGAAAUUUCACAUUAGAGGUACGGAGUCAAGCCUCCAGCAGGAUGGUUUUGCAUCUCAUAUCAGGUGUAACAGUGAGGAGCUUCUAACCAGCCCAGCCUCCCCACGGCUGGCACAGGUGGCGAGGGGACGCAGCUGGCACAGCCCCUGCUGAGCUGCUCCGUAGCUCUGUGUGACAGCAACCUGGGGCUGGACCUACCAGAGCCAGCCUAUCCACACCAGUCCCAAGAUAAAGAUGAUGCAGAAAUUUGCUGCACUUUUCUACGAGAAAAAAAAAAAAAAAAGGUUGGGGCUUUGUGCCCAUUUUCAUCUGAAGAAGAUUUGUGACUUUCUCAUAAGUAAGUUUGCACUAAAACACACUUUGUACUAUAAUUCUGCUUGGUAUUGUGAUCCACAACUAGUUCACUCUGGAAAUAAUGAUAUCCUCAGGCAAUAAAUAAGAUGGGGUUAUUUCUUACAGAGCCUGAGGCUCUGGCAGCAGACUUGAAGUCAGUGUUGUUUACAAUUAUUUGGAAAUCUGCAGGCUAAUGGAGAGCUGGGCCCUUGYGCUGCUCCCAGCCACACUAUUGCAGAGCUCCUUUCCCAGCCUUCCCUCAAGAUGCCCACACCGAGGGAAGCACACUGCUCUCRGGUUCGUCGUGGCAGCCUGGUGCACUCCCAGGCCAAUAUUUUUAUUUUUUCCUAUUAAAUAAUGCAGAUGCAAUAGCCCAGCUUAUUUCUCUGUUCAUUGAAGGAUUCCAGAUCUGAUGUAGGUUGGUUUCACUGCAGGUGAAAGCAGCCCAGCCACGGAACGUGCUCAGCCCAUGAGUUCUCUGGCUUCCCAGUGCCACACGGGCACCCAAACAGACUUUUUGAGGCCGGAGGCAGGUUUCCAAGGAGACACUGUUACCCGGCCACAUUUCUUGUUUGCAAGAGCACCAGCAGCAGAGGAAGGAGUAGGUAUUAAAGUAGCAGAAUUAAAGGAGUUUUGUGAAGACAAAAAGACACAGCAGAGACCCGUUUUGCUGUGAAGGAUGAUGUGAAGUCGGCUCGCUCUGCAUGCAGGGGAGAAGGAGGGAAGAGAAGGGGGAGAGAUGCUGUUGUUGACAUUAUAUGUAAAUUGUUACCCAGGUGUUUUAAACCCAGUUCCAGUCAGAUGCAAUCUGACAAUAGACUUAAGCAGAGAUAUAUAUAGAUAGAUAUUAUAUUCUGGUGUUUGUUCUGCUCUGCAGUUCCCAGGGUGGGAGCGAACCUUGUGUGUAAGACACAAAAAAAAAGCGCUUGUGGUCGGCCAUCGCUACUCUGUUGUGCAAUGUAUAUUUGUGAAGCACUGCCAUAGCAACUUCUGUGUACUGGGCAGCUAUUUGAGUACAAGCUACGCAUCCACCUCUGCGACCAAGGCAUUGCUUGAAGAGUUCUGUAACGUAGCUGCUCUGUGACCUGGCAGGGGGGUGCCUGUUUCCCAGCAGCAGCUGAAAAGCAAACACUCACAGACCCAUUUGCUUCUGCACACAUAAGCAUCCACCAGCCCAUCACAUUUAUUGCUAUCAGGCAAAUCGUCCCAGCGAUAAUCAGACUUGCCACAGYGCUCAUCUUCCUGGGAGAAGGGCAAACAUUCGUGAAUACUUUGAGUGCAUCAACAAAUCAGAUAUUGCCAGGGUGGUCCCAUCUCYUGUGCUUUAAUGAGUGUCACUGGCAUUGGAAUUGCAAUCCUGAGGGCCUCUGUUCCAGGUGUGACAGGGAAGAAGAACGUGAGUAAAUGCCAUCAGCAUCCAGGAAUCACAGGAGUAUGGUACCCUCUGCCUGCACACACCAUAGUCCCUGUAGCAAUGGCAGACAAAGUAUUUUGCAUGCAUACUGGACUCAAUCCCGAGACUUCCUGCACGCUUCCCAGAGGAUACAGAGCACCUCUUGGCUAGAGGGGUAUUGCAUUGGCUUGAAAUGUUCUGUGCAAUGCAGGAAAGAGAGGGGUUGUUGCAGACUUACAAGUACUUCAGGAGUAAAUCCUCCAGCUAUAUUUGUUAAUCAUGCUCACCAAAACAGCAACCUUCCCAAACUUGUGUGCUACAUCUCUCAUUUAGCAUGGAUUUUGUUCACACUUCCACAUACAGACAAACAGACAACUGCUUCAGUCAAGCCUAUAUAUUGUAGUAUUUAUUUAGACAACAAUGUUGAUAAAUCUGAGACUUAGUUCCCUGAGCUUGGUAAUAUGCGUGGCAGGGAGCCUGGCAUGCUUAAUGCUCUGUGUUCGAGAUUUAAGAACACAAGAUUUACAUCACAUCUCUCAUAUGAUUAUUACAGGUCAUAAGUAAUGAAASUUUGGGGGCCCCAAAAACUUUGGGGAACCAAUUCUGCAAGUUUUAGUACUGACRAGUCUAUUAGUUUUCUCAUUCAUUAGUUUUGAAAGAGGAAGAUAAAAAGCCUGUAUCAUUGCCUAAAGUAUCACAUGGAACAAGAGGCUCCACCACAAGGUUCUUUUUCAUUUUUUUGGCAGAGUGCAUGCAAAAAGAAAAAAUAAUUACCUUCUAUUUUCCUGUUGUGCAGUAAAGGAGUAGUAUGUGCYGUUGCCUUUGACCAACAAGAAGGUUUGCAUAUUGUAACAAAAAUUACUCUGCCUCCAGGAUAACAGAAGGAGAAGCCCAAGAGGCCAGGGAACAGCUCCCCUCCCUGCCUUACCCGGUGUGAAGUGUCAUUAGCUCCACUGGAGCAGUUGGUUCGGAGCAUUUCCCCCAGCUGAGGAUCUGCCCACCCGUGUGCUYGUUCCAUACGGGGAGUACAGCGGAGCUGCAGCCUCCUGCGCCACGCAAGGACCCGGUCCGUUUCUAUUGGUAACAGUUCAUGCUACUGAUUAUCACAAUGCUUCAGAAGUGCUAAUUAUCUUUUCUUGGUAAUGACUAAUAAAUCCAAAUGGAGAACAGUCCUGGAGGGUGUUUACUUUAAAAUUCACUGGCUGGGUACCAAAGUAGGCACAGCGCUGGCUGCUGCAGUUUGAAUUACAGUUAUUUUAUUUAAAAAAUGUUCCAUUUUCAGAGUCUUGGUGAAGAAUGAGUUUGGCUAGUUUGUGUUUCRUUUUAAUGACAGCAGAGUGGGAAACAAUCCUUUUUAGUGAAAAGACAAUCACUGCCAUGAUCUUUUUUUCAGCCAAACUGACAAGAGAUUUGAUAGUUGCAGUUCAGCCUACUAGAGGAAGGCUUCCCAAAGCAACCGCACUGCAGCAAUAAUUCCCUCUGACUCAGUUGUAUUACAGGCAUAUUUGACAAUUAUGCAAUGGGCAURUGGAGCUGAGACACCUCUCCCUCCUUAUUUGGCUACAGGGAGCUGCCUUGUGCCCAGMGGGACAGCUAUGGUACCCAUCUGGGUGCCCAGCAGCGCUGCCCUGGUGCUUGCCACCAGCUCAGUGGGUCUUGUUCUCCAGCACCCUGGCGCUUGUGCUGGUGUAAUGACCCUCAGACUGCCUCCAAGGGACUGUUUCCCUACUGCUAAGUUGUUCAGUGCUGCAGGAUGYCAGUGCAUGAUCAGAGAGAAUGUUGUUUUCCCAGGAAUGAGAAGCUGAAUCGUCCAUUAGUCAGUGGUGUUGUCAGGAGGGGAGGUAACCACUGAUCCAGCAGUUGCUGAGAUGGUUCCUCCAAGUAUGCUUUUAAUGAGCUGGCUUGUGCCUUCAGCUCCAGCAAACCAAGGCAAGUUCCCAAGUGACUGGAUACUAAAAGAUCCAGCUCGUUUUCCCACAGAAACAGAUGCCAGCCAGUGGCUAAAACUAAUGAUGGGGAUGCAACGCUACUGCAGCCCAUCAUGAUACAAGUAAAGAACCUCCCUGAGCCAGUGCACAGAGAGGUGCUCAGCUUUUGCACAUCCAGGCAUGUCCUACAUGCCACUCUAAUGCUGUUAUCACGGGUGUCAGAAUCAUGUAACUUUUCUUGUCAUUGUAAGGUAUUUCCACCAAAUUAAUAAAAUUGACCCUGUGGAAAACAAAAAAUGUUCCGUAUAUUUCCUGCUAAUUUCAGGACUUCCGUUAAAUUCAUGCCACGAAUGCUUCAGGCAUUAUGAAAUGUCCAGUUGUUACAUUAACUGGAACUCAGUGUGCCUAGGAGUUACCAGUUGCAAAGGGUAUUUUGGCCUACACCCUGUAGUUCAUGGGAAAAACGAGAGUGAGCCUGCAAGCARUAUGCCUUCAGAGAGGAACAGAGCCAGCAAAACGGAGCAAUGCAACUUCAGAUGUUUGGAUUUACGGAGAUUUAAGCAAGCAUCAUGCUUUUCUUGUGCUUCAUCCAGUAAAAAUAAACAAAGGUAGUGUGAGAAACUCUAACAUCGAGGUAAUACGYGAAUACUGUGCUGUCAACUUUAGGGACUCACCUUAUUUUGGCCACAAUGCCAUUAAUCAUCUUUUUGCUACAAACAGUUACCCCUGUGGUUAUUUGGAAUAAAAUGUCUCCAUUCAAGAGCUUCCAGAGCAUUCUUUGCACUUAGACAUUAAUCUUUUGGGCAGCUUUCAAGAGGKUCUGUUUUAAAWGUCUGUCCCUUAGUUGCAUACUCAAAUGAGAUUAAGGAUGAGGGUUUUGAAGAACAUUUCUUCAUAACUGUGGCUACUU